AUGUCCCAUCUGAGCGCCAACUGCAUCUUUUGCAAGAUCAUUCGCGGAGAGAUUCCGUCGCUGAAGCUGGCGGAGAGUGCCAAGUCGUAUGCUUUUCUAGACAUUGGGCCUACUGCGAAGGGCCAUGCGCUUGUGAUUCCCAAGUACUGCGGGGAAAAGCUGCAUGACAUUCCCGACGAGUAUCUGGCGGAUUUGCUUCCCAUGGCCAAGAAGAUUGCCCUUGCGUCGCAGCUGGACGUCAAGGGUCUUGACAGCACGCCCGGCUACAACAUCCUGCAGAACAACGGCCGCAUUGCCCACCAGGUCGUGCCCCAUGUCCAUGUGCACCUGAUCCCCAAGCGGGACGAGGAGACCGGCUUGCAAGUUGGUUGGCCUCAGCCCGCCGAUGCUGCCGACAAGGAUCAGCUUGCCUCUCUUCACAAGGACUUGGUCGAACGUAUCUCUAAGCUUUAG